AUGCUGUUCGUCGAACAAAUUCGCAAUAUAUCUAUAUUAUUUCUAACUGUAUUUGGAUGUACAGGAAAUAUUUUUACAUUAAUCAUUCUUAAUCAACGUUUCUUUCGUAAAACACCAUCAGCUACAUUAAUUUCAGCUCUAUGUAUUGCUGAUUGUAUUGUACUUUGUUUAGAGAGUUUAAAACUCAUAGGAAAAGUUUAUUUCUCAGUAACAUCAUACGAUUGUAUUAUUUUCUUUUUUGUGGAUGUAUUUCGUCUUAUGUCUGUUUGGAUUGUUUGUUUUAUAAAUCUAGAACGUUGUUCACUUGUAUUUAACCCAUGCCAUAUACAACGUUUAACCAGUCAAAUUAAGUCACGUCUAUUUGUUAUUGGAUUAUUUAUUAUAUCAUUACUUAUAUUUAGUCAUUAUGUGACGCAUCUGAAAAUGGAAUAUGCUUAUAAUUCUAAUGGAACGAGUAUUAUUCAAUCAGCUUGUACAUAUACACCAGGUUUUCAUCGCGUAGCAUGGGAAUGUUUACGAUCAUCCUUAACAUAUUGGUCAGCAGUUCCAAUUUGUAUUAUUUGUAAUAUUAUUAUAAUAAAAUGUCUUUUUCAAGCAUCACGUAUUGAACGUACAUUAAGUAAUGAUUUAGCAAGUACCUUAAAUUUAUCAAAUAAACAACGUCAAUUAACAGCAAUGCUUGUUACAUCAUCCAUAUGUUUUGUUUUAACAGCAACACCUUCAACAAUACAUGCAAUUUAUUUAGCAGUAUCACAUGAUUUUACUAUGCGUCAAUAUGUUAUAAAUAUAUAUAUGGGUAUUCUUCUUCAUUUUCAUCAUGCAGUAAAUUUCUUAGCAUUUGUUUUUUCAUGUGCCCGUUUUCGUGCUGAAUUAAUUGGAUUAUUUCAUAACUAUAUAUGUCAUCGAAUUUUUAGAAAUUGGUAUAGACGUGCAACACCAGCAACUGAACAAUUUUAUAUGUAUUCAACAAGACAAAAUAAAACGCCAAUAAAAUUAUUUACACCAAAAACAUAUUCACAUAAACGAAAUCAACACAAUGGAAUAGUUAUACUUGCAACGAAUAAUUAUCACAAUCCAAUAGGACGAAAUCAUUAA